AUGUCUUCGAGCAACUUUCCUCUAGUGCGGCUUCCAGAGCCGUACAAGACCACCUAUGAGCUGCAAGUCACUUCCACCGACAAAAAGCUCCGGACAUUCCAAUUGCUCCGAGCUCCCCGUGAAGAUGAAGGCAUACCUCCCCCAAAGACAUUGGACCAUGCGUAUUUGAGAUUCACGGAUUUAUCCCAGCCCGAUCCUUCCAACGCACCAGAGGACGGAAACAACUCCCCUUGGGCCCGCGCACGAAGAAGUCCGGUCACACAUAUCACCUGGACAGGCUCAGAUACACCCACGGUGGGCCAGAUCUGGAAUUUGGUCUAUGCUAUCGAGACCCUACAUAGCGGCUUCGAGGGGUUCAGAGCAGUGCUGUCUGGUAGUGGGAAAGAUUUGGUUUCACGGGAGCUACAAGCCGUAGGCCUUGCUAUCUCCCACCCCGAGCCAUCUGCAGUCCCUGAAAAGCCUGUUCCCACAUCAACUGAGCAUAAAGGCGAGCUGGUCAUUUUCCGCAGCAGCUUUUGGCAAGGUGCUGGCUCGCCAUUUGGUACCCGUCCAGCUUGGGUUUCUGACCCUUCGAUCUAUAGCUCUAUGCGCAAGCCUUUGAGCAUCUAUCCAGCUCGGCCUUAUCAGCACAUGGUGACCACCGGUUUCCCCGAACGUCGAGUACAUGCACUCCACCCGGUGCGUCCUCCAAAGCCAACCGCCGGAUCUCGGGUGUACAGUCGGUAUAUUCCACACUUAGACGAGUUUUUCUCUGUCUUUGCCCUCGAUUAUACGAAUCCAGAGCACCUUGGUCUGUUCAACAAUUGGCAAAAUGACCCUCGAGUGGCUCAGGGUUGGAAUGAAACUGGAACUCUGGACCAACAUCGUGAAUAUCUACGCAAGAUCCAUGAGGAUCCGCACCAGAUGGCGGUGCUAGCUAAAUUCAAUGACACAUUCUUCUCCUACCAUGAGAUAUACUGGACCAAAGAGGACCAUCUUGGCGCAUACUACGACGCUGGAGACUGGGACCGAGGCCGUCACUCACUUGUCGGCGAUGAACGGUUCCGGGGCCCGCACCGCACUAUUGUGUGGUGGUCCAGUUUGAUGCACUAUAUUUUCCUGGAUGACCCACGCACGGAGUUUGUCACCGGGGAGCCGAAGUACUCCAAUCUCGCUCCCUUGACCUACGACCACGCCACUGGCAUGAACCUUGCCAAGCUAGUCGACUUACCGCACAAACGUUCGGCGCUCAUUCUUGGCAGUCGAGAAAAAUUUUUCCAUGUAGCCCCAUUGAGGUUCGAUGGCUCUGAUACUCUUGACCGGAAUCCGUUCCGUUCACUCAAACUGUGA